CUUUAAAAGACGGCCGAGCAGGCACGGAUUCUCUUGGGGUUUCUGGACCAAGCCUUUUGAACCGUUUUCGUAUUCAUCAGACAAACUCAUUCCCAUCAUGGCCGACGCUGAGCCCGUCCACUUCUUCGACCUCUACUCCGAUUUCCCAGGUCCCUCCAAAUCAUGGUCCCCCAACACCUUGAAGGUGCGCACCGUGCUCAAUUUCAAGGGCAUCCCGUAUACCCAGAGCUGGAUCUCCUACCCCGAUGUCAAGCCCCUCGUGACCGGCUUAGGCUUGGGGCCCAAUGAGCAGGGCAUCCCCUACACGUUGCCAACCAUCAUCCACAAGGCCUCGGUGACCUCCAACCCCCAUGGCGCCAUGAUGGACUCGCUUCCCAUCGUCCUGCAUCUCGACCAGGUGUUUCCGUCUCCGCCGCUGUUCCCGUCCGGCGACGCCAGCUACGCGCUGCUCCUCGCCGUGAACAAGAUUAUCACUCUCCACGGCCCCGGAUUUCGGCAAUUGAUCAUCCCCCGCGUGGUGGACCAUCUGGAUCCCCGAGGACAGGAGUAUUUCCGCGAGACGCGCUCGGCGCACUUUGGGAAGCCGCUGGCGGAGGUGCGUCCCACGGACCAGGAAUCGCUGGACCAGCUGUGGCAGCUGCUGGAGAAGGAGUCCGCGACCCUGAUCCAGAUGCUGCAGGGACGGGAGGGAAAGAAUGGCCCGUUUUUUGAAGGCGAAACCCCCGGGUUUGUGGAUCUGUUGUUGUCUUGCCACCUGGCGUUCAUCGAGCGCUUUGACAGGGAGCUCUUUGACAAGUUCGUGGGUCAGGGCCGGGGGGAACUCAAGGCUUUGUACCAGGCAUGCUUGCCCUGGUUGGAGGGUCAGGGGGAGGACAAGGAGUGGCCAAUUCCCCAGGCUGCUUCAUCCUAAGCAGAAGGCUUGUAUGGAUGAAGGGUUUGUAGAUCGAUAGCAUUGGAAAGUCCGAUUGAUGUAAUCGCAUAACUUCACAGGCCCUAACGAACGCUUUGUCACUGGUAUCCCGCGUUGUGACUGUUUUUGGUGGAUUUAAGGAAGGAGAUCCUCCAGGACUCUACGCACAAGACCAUGACGAGAAUACCGGAAUUUUCAGUCACCCCCAUCAUCAUCACAUUAGG